AACCGGACUUGGUGAAAUUGGCCCUAAACUUGAUCAAAAAUUCUUAUAAACCUAAAUAAAAAGAACAAACUUAUAUAUACAUUAACAUACAUAUAAUUCGAAGAAAUGCUUAUAUUUAAAGUUCUGCAUAUUAUUAUUUUUAUUUUUGCGUGUAUCGUAAAUGGUAACGAACUUGAAUUUUGUGAAGUAUUCGAUAAAUAUGCCGAAAAUUCGAAAAAGUGUUCUGUUCGAAACAACUUUACGCAAAAACGUUAUAUUCUUUACGACGUAAAUCCUCCAGAAGGUUUCAACCUGAGAAGAGAUGUGUAUGUUCGUCUCGCUGUUUUCUUAAAAAGAUUAAUUGAAAGAGACAAGGAAUAUCAGUGGCAAUUAGUUUUACCACCAUGGGGUAAUCUAUAUCAUUGGCGACAUCAGAAUACAGGAUUUCAAGAGUAUCUAUUCUGGGGUAAUUUCUUUGAUAUAACAAGCCUGCAAAAAUAUAUACCAGUCAUUGAAAUGUAUAAAUUUAUGGAAGAGUACUCAUCUGGAAGCAAAGAAAUACAACUCGAUUGUAUGUAUAUUUUGCAAAAUGAUGAGGAAAUGUUCAAAACGGGUAAAUUUGAAGAUAAGAAUGAAGUGACAGACUGUAUUCUUGAUUCUUUACAGUUCUAUAAAUCAAAGCAACAUGUAUACACUAGUCCAUUUUGGGGUUAUCGUAAUAUUACAACUCAGAAUGUAAAAUGUCUAAAGUUUCAUGGCACGGCAUCUUAUCUUUAUCAGAAUCUCAAACCGAUACAAUACAAAUCUAUAAUGUUUGAUCACAUGGAGAUUGCCCUGCAUGAUGAAUAUGGUUCUAAAGAAUACUGGAAAGCUAGACGCAGCAUGCGAUAUAAUUCUGAACUGUAUAAUAUUGCGAAAAAUUAUAGAGAAACUUUUCUAAAUUCCACAGAUGAGAAUGAUAAUGUAGAUCGACCUACAGAUUGGACCAAAGAAGAGAGUCGGCGGAAUGCAAGAGGCGGUCCAUAUUUGGCAGUUCAUUUUAGGAGACGCGAUUUUAUUAUAGGUCAUAAGGAGUCAAUACCAACAAUAAAUAGCGCUGCUUCUCAAUUACAAGAAAAAAUGGAUAAGCUUGGAUUAACUGUGUUGUUUGUUGCGACAGAUGGGGAGCAACAUGAAUUUGAAGAACUUAAAUCGUACAUGCCUCAAUACAAGGUCUUGAAGUUUGUACCAUCUGAUUAUGUGAUAAAUAAAUUUAAAGACGGUGGAGUUGCCAUUAUUGAUCAGAUAAUUUGUUCAUAUGCUAGAUAUUUCAUAGGGACACAUGAGUCAACGUUUACAUAUAGAAUACAAGAAGAUAGAGAGAUUAUUGGUUUUUUACCAGAAACUACAUUCAAUAAUUUAUGUAAAACUAAUAAGAAAUGCUCAACAACUGGGCGAUGGCAGAUUGUUUGGUGAAAUGUUAUAUGCUUUUACACACUACUGAAAACUUAAAAAGAUCUCUUGAUGUAUAAGGAAUCGCAUAAUUCUCGCCUCAUUAAGAUCGCUUCCGCUCCCUUUCAUUCGAGUGAAACGCUUUUUAACGAGGAUUCACACACGGACAGGAAAGCCUCUUUCCCAAACAUGAUAUAGUCGUAUAUCCACACAAUACUUUUCGCGUAGUGACAUGGCAGAUGUCUCAUUCGUGAUAAGUUUACGACAACGUUAUGUUAUCUUACGUAACGCGGCUCUUUUAAUGUCUUAAUUGGAAUUCUAUGAUUGGAAACGGUUAUAACAUCGUAAUUUCGUAACAUAAAAUUAAUCAACAAAUUGUGUGUGUGAUUGCUUUUUACAUAAUUAUUUUAUUUAUUUAUUUUUAAAAAAUAUUUUGUAUGCUUUCUUCUUUAUAGCGAAUUUUUUGAUCUCAUACAUAAUAUCUUAAAUAUUCUAUAGGAUUAGAAGACAAGUCAAAUGGGUACAUCAAUAAUAUGACCAUGAUAUCGACAAAAUCAUUUUGCGCGUAUCUAAAAAUCGAAACAUUUUGAAAUUGUUAAAAUCUCGAGAUCGUGUUUACCAAUGUAGUCACAAUUUCGAGAAACGAGAAAUAUAUGUGACCUAGUCAUAAUAUGUGGAAAAACGAUAUAUAUAUAUAUAUAUAUAUGUAUAUAUAGCGUUGUACACAUAGAUUGGCAUCUUAAUUUGAUAAAAUACAGUGUGUGAUAUUGAGUAAUGAACAAGCUUGAGAUUAUAAAUAACUACCUAUCAUGCAAAAAUUCUUGUUCUCGUUUAAUCAUUUAUGUUUUUAUGUU